AUGUCACAGGCAACGUGCGAAUUAGGAUGGUCUCAGCUGAUACACGCAGAAAUAAUUUCUGUUACAAGUGCUAUGAGGAAAAAUUCUCGAUGGUCUGGUAUGAGUGUUAGUGGUUUGAACAUGGGUGGUUUAGGCAUGAGUAUGGGCUUGAGGGGUAGAAGCUCUGUGACUGAAAUUGGUUAUCGAAACCAGGAAAGUCCGUUGAUGUCCGGUUUCGCAACUCUAAAAUCGCAGCUAUCAGAUAUUUCGAAGGAGACUGGAAUCGAUGCCUCGGUAUUACUAGAACCAUUUUUGGAAGUUAUUCGAUCAGGAGAUACGAAUGGUCCAAUAACAGCAUCUGCUCUUGGCAGUGUGGAAAAAUUUUUGACGUACGGGAUACUUAAUAUUAAUUCUCCAAAUUUGCCAAUCGCAAUGUCAAUGCUUUCGUCAGCAGCUACACAUUGUAAAUUUGAAGCUAGUGAUUCUGUUUCUGACGAAUUUGUGCUUUUAAAAAUCUUGCAAGUUUUACGGUUAGCUUUGACAUGCGAAGUGGGACGCGUUCUUAGCGAUGAGGCACUUUGUGAAAUGAUGGAGACAGGAUUGAGCAUGUGUUGUCAAAUGCGGCUUAGUGAGAUGUUACGUCGGUCUGCAGAACACACAAUGAUAGUAAUGGUGCAAACUAUGUUUGAAAGGCUUAAAUCUUUGGAAGAAGAGCCAGCAACAUGGCUGCCUCAGGAUGAAGGAGAAGGCGAUAAUGGGUCUUUUCAAGAAUCUCAAGUGCGAAUGGCACCGCCUGAUCCAAAAUUACCACGCCUACCUCUUUCAUCAGAAUACGUUAAUUUAUCGCAGAAUAAUACUAAUGCAACUACGGUUUCUUCAAAAAAUGAAAUCGUAAAAGAAUUAUCUUUGAUUGAUGCAAAUGAUGACUUAACCAAACCGGAUGAAAAUUGGGAAGAAGUUCGUAAUGAGGUUAAUCCAGAUCAGGGACAAGACACUGAAGCCACUGAACUGAAUGAUGAAGCUCAAAAUGACGAUGAAAAGGAUUUAGAACCAAAGCCUUCUGGACUGCCUUCAAUACGGGAGUUACUUCGUGUUCUUAUAUCCCUAUUGAAUCCUCAUGACCAUCAGCAUACCGAUACUAUGCGGUUAAUGGCUCUCAGCAUUUUGAACGUUGCAUUUGAAGUCGGCGGCCGCACGAUAGGACGUUUCGAACCUUUGCGCGCUCUUGCGGUUGAUGAGUUGUGCAAGCAUCUAUUUCAACUCGCACGAACGGAUAAUAUGUUACUUUUGUCACUCACUUUACGUGUGAUAUCGACUGUUUUUGGGACGCUUCGUCCAUAUCUUAAAUUACAACAAGAACUUUAUUUAUCAUUUCUCAUUGAGCGCCUUACUCCACCCACUAGUAGUAUGAGAACUCUCGCAUUCGAUGCCGAGUUCUCAAACAUAAGUGCAAAUGAUUCUCCACUGCAAUCUGGAACUUCGACACCUAGUACUAAUCGGGAACGUAAUUUACGUGCCAGUGGUGAAACAUCAAUUGCGAUAGGCGAAGUGCGCGAACUUUUGCUAGAAUCACUCGGACAAUUUGCCCGGGAAGCUUCAUUUAUGGUAGAUCUAUGGGUUAACUAUGAUUGUAAUAUAGAUUGCGGAGAUUUAUUUGAGGAAGUUGUUAAAUUUUUGAGCAAGAACUCAUUUCCGGAACCCACAGGAUAUUCUGUUAGUAAUUCACACGUUGUUUGUUUGGAUGCUCUGUUGAUGUACGUAAACUUUAUGGUAGAUAGAUUACAAACAGAGAAAAGCGGAAAUCGCAAUUCAAAUUCUGGAUUGGCUUGGGAUAAAAUGUCAGCAACUGAAUAUAAUUCUGGGUUAAGGCCAAAUACGUAUCCCUCUGCAUCAGGCCUUUUGCAACUGAAACAACAAAAACAAAUAUUAAGAGAAGGCGCAGCAAGAUUUAAUGAAAAUCCAAAAACUGGGAUUGAGUUUCUUGAAGCAUUCGUAAAACUUUUUGAUUUUGAAGGUAAACGAAUAGAUGAAGCUAUGAGAGAAAUGUUAGAAACUUUCCGAUUACCUGGUGAAGCGCAACAGAUUGAACGAAUAAUGGAGACAUUCGCCGAAACAUAUUUUGCAUCUGGGCCACAGGAAAUUGCGACACAAGACGCCACAUUUGUUUUAUCUUAUUCUGUUAUAAUGUUAAACACAGACUUACAUAAUCCUCAAGUUAGACGGCGUAUGUCAAUUGAAGAUUAUAUGAAAAAUCUCCGAAACGUUAAUAAUGGGCAAAACUUCUCGCCCGAAUAUUUAAAUGCUAUUUAUGAUGCCAUCCGAAAAAGAGAAAUAAUCAUGCCUGAAGAACAUGAAGGACAACUUGGGUUUAACUACGCGUGGAAAGAACUUUUACGCAGAGCAGAAAAUGCUGGACCAUUGAUCAUAUGUGAUGUUCCCUUAUAUGACAAGGACAUGUUCACAGCAGCAUGGAAGCCUACAGUCGCAGCAAUUUCAUAUGCAUUUAGUACUGCACCAAAUGAUACUAUUCUGCAAAAAGCCAUCACUGGAUUUCACCAGUGUGCAUUAUUAUCCGCACAAUAUAAGCUAUAUGACGUUUUCGAUUAUAUAAUCAUGUCUCUAUCUAAGAUGACUGGAUUAUUAGGUGCUCAUUAUUCUAAUGAGACAGCUAACAAUCCAUUAGUUAAAGCCGGAAAUGCGGAAAUUACAGUUAGUGAUCUUUCAAUACAAUUUGGAAGAAAUUACAAAGGGCAAUUGGCUGCUGUAGUUUUAUUCGCAGUUGCUAAUGAACAUGGUAACAUACUCAGAGAAGGUUGGAAAUACAUCUUGGAAAUUAUUAAGAACCUUUUUGUCAAUUCCCUGUUACCCGCUUCCAUGUCACAAGUGGAAGACUUUCUGGCUGGAACUACUACUAUUCCAUUAAAACCAAAAACUGCACCUCAAUCCAAACAAGAAAGAUCUCGCGACAAUUCACUCUUAUCUGCUCUAUCAUCUUAUCUGUUAUCACCCUACUCAGGGAAUUAUGAGUCUUCACGUAGUGACCCUACGGAUGAAGAAAUAGAGUGCAGUAUGUGCACAGUAGACUGCGUUUCCGUAUGCCGUUUAGAAGAACUUUUCGCCGAUAUAAGGUUAUUGGAGCAACCCUCACUUGAAUACCUCAUGAGGGCUCUCAAAUUUAUUGCGGAUGGUAAUACUGCUACUGAUGCGAAAUCUGGAUAUCCUUCCUCAUCUCCAGCUCCUAGCCCAACUGCAUCACAAGCUCCCUUGCGUGGUAGUUCAUAUGAUCCGGCUGCAGUGUUUUUCCUAGAACUAAUGAUUAACGUCACUUUGCAAAAUCGAGAUCGGAUUCAACAUUUAUGGCCCAUCCUUUUUGAACAUAUAACUGAUAUUCUUAAAGAAUCUCAGAAUAACAGUAUUUUACUAGUAGAACGAACAGUAGUCGCAUUAUUGAGAUUGUGUAUUCGGUUAACGCAUAAGGAUGAAAUGGUUUCUGAUAUACUUCAAACUUUAGAACUUUUGGGGGCUUUACCACUUGAUGUAGUCAACUCUGUGGGUGAACAAAUGAUGGCUGGUAUUUUAAAUCUUAUAAAAUCUGACGCCGCCUACAUCAGAGGAAAACGACCUUGGAAGACCGUUUUUACACUUCUUCACGCAACUUCAACACAUCCACAAGCAUCUAAAUAUUCUUUUGACGCAAUUUCUUCAUUAGUUCGAGAAAAUAAAAAUAUUAAUAGUGAUAAUUUUAAUGAAUGUGUCGAACUGUUGGCCGAGUUUGCUUCUGCUGCAUCCUCUGCAUUGGAACAAGAUUUGCCUCAUGAAUCUCAUAUGCGAACACCAAGAACUCAUAGAGCUCGAAAAGCUGUUGAAUUAUUAUAUAUUUUAUACAAUCAGAUACCGAAAUUACUGGUAGAGUCAGAAACACCCCCGCGAGAAGCUUGGUCAACUUAUUGGCUCCCGAUUCUUACUGGCCUUAGUCAACAGUGUUAUAAUCCAUGCCGUGAAGUUAGGCAAUGUGCUAUUUCAUUCCUUCAACGAUCAUUGCUUGAUCCAGAGCUUGUAUCACAUGGUGUUACGGAAUGGAUUGUAAUCUUUGAUGUAGUAUUGUUCCCUCUACUUGACCAAUUGCUAAAACCUGAAAUUUUUCAAGCUGAUCCUUCUAAUAUGGAGGAAACUAGAAUACGUGCUUCUGCAUUAAUAUGUAAAAUAUUUUUGCAUUAUUUAAGUAGGCUAUCUGAAUGGGGUGGACUGACCUCAUUAUGGUCGCAGAUUUUAGAUGUAAUGGAACGUUAUAUGGCUACUGGGAAUAAUGAAUCGCUGCGUGAAGCGGUUCCCGAAUCACUUAAAAAUAUGUUACUGGUAAUGUCAACAUCUGGCGUUUUUAAUCCACCAGGAACAACUAAAGUUGAAACUAAAAACGUCGGUGGUAAAGCACCAGUUGAACUAUGGGAUAUAACAUGGACUAAAAUAGAUAAAUUUUUGCCUAAGCUUAAAGAUGAGCUUUUUCCAGAAGUCCCAACUAAUGCAGAAUCAUCGCUAAAAUCAUCGCAAACACAACUACAAAGUCAACCACAAAAUAUAUUAGACACUCAAUUAGUAUCUAUAGAUGUUUCGGAAACAAACGAUUCUAAUAUCAGUAUAGAAAAAGAUGACUACCUUACGAGUCAAGAACAAAGUGCGCCUGUAAAGACGCAAGAAACUGUACAAAUCGAAAAUAUUUAA